CACGUUUCCUAUCUUUGCGGUUAGCAAAGAGAACCAUGUCUGGCAUGGGAGGUAAGCGUGCCUCUGGAGGAGACAGUCCUCCUGGCCCACCCGAAAAGAAAGUAAAAAAAGAAGAGAAGACUACGACCACUCUUAUUGAACCCAUUCGUAUAGGAGGAGUUUCUUCCACAGAGGAGAUGGACAUGAAGGUCCUUCAGUUUAAGAACAAGAAGUUGUUUGAGCGCCUUGAACAGAGGCAAGCAAUUGAAGAUGAGUUGAGAGAAAAAAUUGAGAAGCUGGAAAAAAGGCAGGCGACCGAUGACACAACACUUCUCAUUGUGAACCGUUACUGGACACAGCUGGAGGAAAACGUUCAAGAAUUACUGCAAUCUGUUGAACCUGAGGUCUCACCAGCACCCAUGGAGACCCCCCCUAGCCCUCCUACCUCUGGCCAUGAUCCUCCUGUAGCUCCCUCGCCUGCCCCUGACAUUCCUGCCCCUUUGGCAGUUCCAGCAGAAGGAGAGGAUGGCCUUCCUCAGCCUCCACCUCCGGCAGAUGAGGAGGAGGAUGAGCAGCAGCAGCAGCAGGCUGAACACCUCCAGGAGCAGGAGCGCUCACAGGAAGAGCAGCAGGGGCAGGCGGAUGCUGCGGUGGGGCCUCCCAACGAGCCGUUACAGGACGGAAUCCCUGCCCCUCCCCCUCCUCCCCCUCUGAGCGAGAGCGCGAAGGCCUUCCUCUCCACUCUGGAUAACAGCAGCGAGGAGGAGCUCAGUUUGCAGCUGCAAGACAGGAUGCAGUUCAGCAAAGGGGCAGUAGCUUGUAUGGUCUGCAUUUUCGACCGCCUGCACAGUUCCAUUGACAAUCUGUGCACUCGAGUACAAGUAGCAGUAUGUGAGAAUGAUGGUCAACAAGAAAUGAUGUCCAUGAAUCGCACGCUACUAGAGGAGAAUAAUAGGCUGCAAGACCUUGCCUCCUCCCUGCAAGGAAGACACCACAAAACGUCACUGGAGUAUAAUGAACUGGUUGACAAAGUGACAAGCUCUGAAACAAAGGUGUCUGAGAUGGAGACUGCUGUGGAGGACCUGCAGUGGGACAUAGAGAAGCUCCGCAACAGAGAGCAGAAGCUCAAUAAGCACCUAGCAGAGGCUCUUGAGCAGCUGAACUCAGGCUACCACGCUUCUGGUAGCUCUGGUGGCCUGCCUGGUGGUCAGAUCACUCUCAACAUACAAAAGUUUGAGUUGCUGAAUGCAGAGCUGGAGCAGAACCAGGAGCUGGCCAACAGCCGCAUGGCAGAGCUGGAGAAACUGCAACAGGAGCUGCAGGAGGCUGUGCGUGAGGGUGAGAACUUAAAGAUGAACAUUCGGAACAUUCCGGAAGAGGUGGUGAAGGAGACCCCAGAGUACAAGUGCCUCCAGUCACAGUUCUCUCUGCUUUACAACGAGUCUCUGGGAGUGAAGACCCAGCUCGACGAGGCCCGUGCCCUGCUGCUCACUGCAAAGAACGCUCACCUGCGCCAAAUUGAACACAUGGAGAGUGACGAGCUGUCUCUUCAGAAGAAAUUACGAACUGAGGUCAUCCAGUUAGAGGACACAUUAGCCCAGGUGCGCAAAGAAUAUGAGAUGCUGCGGAUCGAGUUUGAACAGAACCUUGCAGCCAAUGAGCAAGCAGGCCCAAUAAACAGAGAAAUGAGGCAUUUAAUUAGCAGCCUUCAGAACCAUAACCACCAACUCAAAGGAGAUGUGCAGAGAUAUAAAAGGAAGCUGCGUGAAACUCAGAUGGAAAUCAACAAGAGCGUUGCCUUUCAGCUGAAGUGCCAGAGCGGUGAUGCUGGCAGUGUGCUGAUGCUGGAGGAGAGUGUGAGCGAUGGAGGACCGGAUGUGAAGAAGGAGGAGGAUGACGAACAAGAAGAGGAAGAGGAAAGGAGGCGGGAGUUGGAGAGACAGCGAGCCCGGGAACGCGAGCGGGAGACAGAGAGAGAGAGGGAGAGGGAGCGAGAGCGAGAGAGGCAGCGCAGUGAGGAGCUGAAGAGGAAGGACUCUGACACUCUGAAGAUGCUCAGGACAGAGCUCAAGAAAGCUCAGGAAUCUCAGAAGGAGAUGAAGUUGCUGCUGGACAUGUACAAGUCUGCUCCGAAAGAGCAGAGGGAUAAAGUGCAGCUUAUGGCAGCUGAGAGGAAGUCCAAAGCCGAGGUAGAUGAACUUAGGCAGAGGGUGCGUGAGCUGGAGGAGAGAGAAAGGAAGGAGAGCAAGAAACUAGCUGACGAAGAUGCACUGAGGAAGCUUCGGGUGGCGGAGGAGACCAUUGAACAUCUGCAGAAGAAGCUCACUGCCACCAAGCAGGAAGAGGAAGCCCUGCUGAGUGAGAUGGAUGUGACAGGCCAGGCAUUUGAGGACAUGCAGGAGCAGAACAGCCGACUGAUGCAGCAGCUGAGGGAAAAGGACGAUGCCAACUUCAAGCUGAUGAGCGAGAGGAUCAAAUCCAACCAGAUCUACAAGCUGUUGCGAGAGGAGAAAGAGGAGCUGGCUGACCAGGUGCUGACCUUCAAAACACAGGUUGAUGCUCAGCUACUGGUGGUGCAGAAGCUGGAGGAGAAGGAGGGUGUGCUGCAGAGCUCGCUGGCCACCUUGGAGAAAGAGUUAGCACUACGCACACAAGCUCUUGAACUCAACAAGCGCAAAGCAGUGGAGGCAGCUCAGCUGGCUGAAGACCUGAAGGUGCAGCUGGAACACACACAGACCAAGUUAAGAGAGAUCCAGGCCUCUGUGCUGGAAAACCGGACAGCACGUGAAAGGGAGAGUGGCAAUCUUAAACGUGCCCAGGAGGACUUGUCUAGGCUACGCCGAAAGCUGGAGAAACAGAAGAAGGUGGAGGUGUAUAGUGAUGCUGAUGAGAUCUUGCAAGAAGAAAUCAAUCAGUAUAAGGCUAAACUGCGCUGCCCCUGUUGCAAUACCCGGGACAAGGAGACUGUGCUAACUAAGUGUUUCCAUGUCUUCUGCUACGAGUGCUUGAAGACACGCUAUGACACACGCCAGAGGAAGUGUCCUAAGUGCAAUGCUGCUUUCGGAGCCAACGACUUCCAUCGCAUCUAUAUCACUUGAGCCCAGGAUGGGAUCAUUAACAUAAUGAGCAGAAAAAAGAUAGAGAAAGAACGGGGAAGUGGAUUUAAGGCCUAAGAGUACACAUGCUGUGGCAUGUCAUUCUGCUCAAAAAGGAUUUUUCUUGUACAUCUGUAAUCACUUGGUGCUAGUGACCAAAUGGACAGUGACGUUGCAAGUUGAAAGUCUGAAGUGAGUGAUGAUUACAGCCAAUAGGACACAACCUGCGCAUGUUUAUAAAUGAUGUUUCCAAGCCUAUGGGUUGUUUUACAAUUUGUCUUUUCAGUGUUCUGUAACUUAAAAUGUGAUGUUUUUUACCUUGCAUUUGCUUUAGAAAAUGUUGAAAUUUAGAACAGUGCACUUCACCAUAGCCCCUUAAAUAUAAUUUCCAGUACCAUCAAAAAUGUGUUGCAGAUGUUCUAACAAGUUAAUAGAAUAUGUGCAUCUGCAAAACACUGCAGUGUUUGUUUUUGUUGUGGUAGUGAUGGGUCUUAUUUCAGUUGAGUAGUGUAGUAACUAGUAGUAUGAUCCAGCAGAAUUCUGCUGUAAUGUGCUACUUCUAGGGCUCUUCAAAGUACGUACCAAACAUUUUGGACAAAUUAAAUCAGCAUAAUUCAGACAACCAUCAGUAGAAACUACAAGAAAAUGUCAAGAAAAUAAAAAAAAAAUAGGGAUUGCAAUGACAGAGGGUAUAGAGUUCUCUAGAGGGAGUUGUCUAAAGAGUCAUCACAGAGAUUCAGCAUUUAAAUUUCAGCCCACUUGGCUGACAUAAAAAGGACAUUUAUUUUAGUUUUGAGUCCUUUAUGACAGAAAUCAGGGAAUUUGUGAUUAUCAGUAAAUACAGCUGUAAUUACUGAUCCUGUCUAAACAGGUUUGGAAAAUAGACACCAUAGCUCUUAACGCUUAUGCCUUCGAAAUGAAGUAAGUCUCAGCAAUGUGUCUUUACUAUCAGCCCUUUCAGUGCUAACAACUGAAAUUGCAUUCUGUUCUCAUUUAUGUCUUGUAAACAUAAAUAAGUAAACACAUGUUACCAA